GGGGGAGGGGGGUGGAGGGAUUGGGCAAGCAUGAGGCGCAGUUAAGGGCUGGACUGGGGUCAAGCUGAGUUUGGGGUUUACGGUUGGCUCGGCCAAGCUGAGGUUCAGAGUUGGACUUCGACGAGGAAGAGUCUUGUAGAGAAGAACUGGGCUGAGAGCGAUGUGGGUCAGGACGACACUGACGACUGAGAGGUGGACUACGGAAAAGACUGAGAACGAUGCCGACAUCUGGGAUGAAAGCAGCUGGGAUAUAAACAGGUUGCCCAGUUGGGAGAGAGGACAUCUGCUGGCUGGUGUGGCGUCUAGCACAGAUGCAUCUACCUUCUCUGAAGGUGAAUUCAAGGACCCUGACAGGUGCUGCUGGAAACACAAGCAGUGCACUGGGCACAUCAUCUACCCCUUCGCCUCUGCCUACGGCCACCACGAUCUGCACCUGCACUCUGUCAACCACUGUGACUGUGACUCUAGGCUGAAGGACUGCUCAGAGAAGACAAAUAGCAGCAGCUCCCGAGAUGUGGGCCCAACCUGCUCCCGAGAUGUGGGCUCAACUUGUUUCAACAUCAUCCAGUCCCCUUGCCUUGAGCUGAUCCCAGAGGAACUGUGUGUGGAGCGGUUCUGGUAUGGCUGGUGCAAAAGCUACAGGCCUGUCUCUGUGGCAGUGAUCCACUAUCCCAUCCACCAUGAGUGUGGGGCAGAUGACCUAAAUGAAGAAGAGGAAGAGGAGGAAGAGGAAGAAAGCAAGCCUCCCAUCCCCACCCAGGUGGGGCCCACCACCACACCCACUGACACGGGCAUCGGCACGGUCACGGGUACCCCUGACUCGGCAGCUCCCAUCACCAUCUGGCGCUCUGAGAGCCCCACAGGGAAGUCCCAGGGCAGCAAGGUGAUCAAGAAGGUCAAGAAGAAAAAGGAAAAAGAGAAAGAGCAAGAGGAGGAGUCAGACGAGAAGGCAAAGCUGAAAAAAAAAGCCAAGAAGAGCAAACUGAGUAAGAAGAAAAGCCUGGUUAAAUCGGAAUCUUCACCUCCAGACUUGAGCCGAUCAAUAAGCCCAAGAGAGUUGGUCAGGAUGUCAGAGUCCAGCCCAGACAGCCGGGAAGACCUGGAGAGUGAGGACAGUUACAAUGACCCCAGGCAGGAGGAACCCUCCAGCGAGGAUAUUGUGGAGUCUUCAUUGCCCAGGGAGAGAGAGAAGAACACGGUCCAGGCCAAGAAACCCAGAGCAAAGGCCUCGCCAGUCAAGAAGGUCACCAAGAGGAAAUCUCCCCCAGCAUCAAACCCCAAUCUCAGUUGAGGCCAGGGCGACCAGGGUGAAGAAUAAAUGCGAUCAAGCCUGUCGCUGA